AUGCCCUACUCUCGGACGUAUGCAUUGCAACCUCAGCAGCACCAACUUAUCUUCCAGCUCAUUACUUUCAAACCAGACACCCCUCAGGAGAAGUUAGAGACUUUAACCUCGCUCAUAGACGGUGGCGUUGUUGCAAAUAAUCCGGCUUUAAUUGCCAUUGUUGAAGUAACAAAGGAGGUGAGUAGAGGAAGUCCAGACUUCUUUCCCAUAAAACCAGAGGAGUUUGGAAGGUUUCUGGUAAUAUCAUUAGGAACAGGGUCUUCGAAAGCUGAAAAGAAAUAUGAUGCGCGUGUGGCAGCUAAGUGGGGUGUUUUGAGUUGGUUAACCAAAGGUGGUUCCACGCCUAUUUUUGACGUUUUUAUGCAAGCAAGUGCAGAUAUGGUCCACCUCCACCUCUCUACAGUUUUUCAAGCCCUUCGUACGGAGAAAAGCUACCUCCGGAUUCAGGACGAUAGGUUAAGGGGGAAUGUCUCUUCUGUGGAUAUAGCCACAAAGAAGAAUUUGGAUCAUCUUGUGAAAGUUGGCCAAGGGUUGCUCAAGAAACCAGUUUCUAGAGUGAAUUUGGACACGGGCAUUUUCGAGCCUUCUGGCGAAGAGACUAAUGAAGAGGCUCUCAUAAGGUUUGCGAAAAUACUGUCCCAAGAGAGGCUGCUUCGCCACGCUAGGUCCCUCCAUGGACAUGGCACCGCAAAUUCCAGAUGA